AGCAAAGAAGAAACUACAAAAACGUGUUUCAUGCGUUUAACAGAAUAGCCAAGGACGAAGGAAUUACCACUCUUUGGAGAGGAAGUGUAGCAACAAUGGGAAGAGCUGUGGUCGUUAACAUAUCUCAGCUUGCAACUUACAGUCAUAUCAAGAUGUUAAUUGCUAGAAAAAUAUACAUGGUGGAUGGUCCAUUACUCUACUUCUGUGCUUCAAUGUUAUCUGGAUUUAUAACUGUCCUCAAUUCGAUGCCACUCGAUGUUGCAAAAACCAGGGUGCAGAACAUAAAAACAACAACAAAGCCACCCGGCUUAAUAAAAAUGAUGGGAUCCAUCGCAAAGUUAGAGGGCGUACCAGCACUGUGGAAGGGUUUUUGGCCUACAUAUUGCAGAAUCGGUCCACACACAGUUUUGACAUUAUUAUUCAACGAACAAAUUACCGCCCUAUACAGGCGGUAUGCAACUUAG